AAGUGGUUUGGCGUGUCUUCGGAAAUGGGAAUUUUCAAGCUCAACUUAAGAAUAUAAAUAUAUAAGGAAGAUAAGUCGUCAGGUUACUUUUGUUUUUACACAACCUUCAACAAUCUCAUAUCAAAACAAAACUACUGCAAAAUGAAAUGUUUGUGCAUCUUUGUCGUGGCAAUCGCCGUUUUGGGUGUAAGUUGCUUACCUUCGAGACAACGACGCCAGUUCGAUUGGGCAGAGUGGGAAACUAACGCCAAUCAGGUUAGAAAUAGGAAUAUAAACAGAAAUAUAAGACAAUCAUGGAAUCAACAAGGAGGAAGACAAAUUCCAACAAAUUCAUGGAAUCCAAAUGGUCCCGACUUCUCAGAUCCAGAUUUCAAUCAAGAUCCAAAUGUAAACAUCCAAAUACCAAGUAUCCAGAUACCUAAUAACCAACUCCCUGUCGAUAAUGGUGUUACUCCAGAUGGAUCCACUACUACUACAGCCUCGCCAGCUUAUACAAGAUGCUUCGCGAACUGCCGAACUACCAGUGAAUACAACCCUGUUUGUGGUACUGAUGGAAAUAACUAUGACAACCCUCAGAGACUUAAUUGUGCCAGAAGUUGUGGAAGAAAUGUACAACUACGAAGAGGAGGAACCUGUCAACCGUUGUAAGGAUCAAACUCCACGAAUGAAUAAUUUUCAGGACUGAUUAUAUUUAUUAUAUUUAUUCCAUAACAAUUUUACCCCAUUGACCUUCUAGAUGAUUUUGCUUAAAUUAGUGUCAAUAAUGAUGUGAUAUUUAUUUAAAAAAGAAUAGUUAAUUUAUUUAUGACGCUUUUUUGACACAGCUUAAAACGCUUAUUCGUUAGUAAUUAUGUAAUAAAUGAUGUUAAAUAAAA